CACAAAAGGGUCAAAAAAAUACCUAUAUGCGUGUUCAUUUAUUUCCUUCCACAUAACGAUUUUGCUUUAAUUUUCUUUGCUUAAAAAAGUGACCACGCAUUAAAAUGUUUAAAUACCAUCAUGAAGAAAUGCUUGCACAAAGGGCUUGCAUGAUUUCUAUAUCGAAAAAAAAAUUACAUUACCGUGAAUAUUUGCAUUUUCACAUUUCCAAUUUUCCCUGUCUUGAGAAUGAGAAAGAUGACCACAUCUGCCAAAAUGCAGCGGUGGUUCUUCUUAGAGGAUCCCGAAAAUGCAGAGAAAAGACGCGUCCUGACUGAGGACGAGCUAGAGCAGCUUCAAAGGGACCAAGAGGCCGUAAAAUACAGGCCAUGGCUUUUUCGCGUUCGAGUGCCCGAUUUAAAAAGUGGCGAAACUGUAUGCGUUACGGGCAACGUAAAAAAUUUGGGCGGGUGGGAUCCGAAUCGGUGUAUUGCCUUGGAUCAAGAAGAGGAGUCGGAAGUUUGGUCGAAAGUUAUCAGCGUUCCGGACAAGCAGAAGGUCUAUUACCGAUAUUGUAUCUGCGUUGUUAUCGAAAGUGGAUUGCAAGUGAUCGUUCGAAAUUGGGAAGCAAACUUAGAUGCGAGAAUAAUCGAAAGUCGGGGGUUGUCACCCAUGAACAGCGACGAGCCUUGUUCCUAUGGAGAUUACAAUAAUAUGUGCAGAUCGGAUCGAGGGUGGAUCACCAAAGAAACCGUUGUGCAGUUUAAAAUUUUUAACCCCCCUUCACUGUGGAGACCUCGUUAUGUUAAUCGACCGGUUUUCAUUAAAAUCACGCCUGUGAAUUUGACACGUUACAGCCUCAACUCCCCAACAAGUAUGGCCGAAGCUCUGGAAGAAUCGGUGAGCACAGACAAUGACUCUUUAGAGCGCCCUCGGUACGCAUUCACUGAAGUUGCAAGCCUUUCCAAAGGUGACGAUCGCUUCCAGCCCCAAGAGCAGUUCGGGAAAGAAUUUAAGGGUGGGGACGGCUUAAUUUUUCAAUCGACUGUAUUAUUUCCUCACAAUGUUGCAUUUCUUAUUGAUAUUUACGUAUUCAGUUCACGAGCGGGCGAUAAUGAACCGCCCUAUCAUGCUGGUUUUAGUUACUUACUACCUAGCGCAUUACAAUCUUCUGUCGGAAGUUCUGUGUUGCCCGUCACAAGCACAAAGCAUCGUCCUUUGGGACAGAUUGAACUAGAGUACCUAGUCGUACGACCCGGCAUGAAUUUUAAAUGCGAUAUGGAAGUAUCCUACACAAGACAUUGGAAAAAUUCAUGGUGUGGACUGGAUGUGGGUCACCGAGGGUCGGGGUCUAGUUUCAAGAUUGAACCAAAGAACUGCGCGGAGGUCCGAGAGAAUACCUUGGCAAGUUUGAAGGUUGCAAUUGAACAUGGUGCCGAUUUUGUUGAGUUCGAUGUACAACUCAGUAAGGAUUUGGUGCCGAUUAUUUAUCACGAUUUUCAUGUAUGUAUUGCUAUGAAAAGAAAAAAACAGUUAGAGGACAGUGACAUGUUAGAGUUACCACUGAAGGAUCUAACAUUGGAACAACUUCGACUUCUGAAGGUUUAUCAUUUGUCAGAAGGCAAGACUAAAAAUCCGCGCUUUUUUGACGACGACUUGGAAGAUCACCAACCGUUCCCGACUCUUCAACAGUUGCUAGAAGUACUAGAUCCCCAUGUUGGAUUCAACGUUGAAAUUAAAUGGACGAUGCAGUUGCACGACGGAUCCUAUGAAUUGAAGGACCCUGUUGAUAUUAAUACAUACGUAGAUACAAUAUUAGAGGUUGUGAUAAAACACGCCGGCAACAGAAAGAUAAUUUUUUCGUCUUUUAACGCGGAUGUGUGUACGAUGCUGCGGUUGAAGCAGAACAAGUAUCCCAUAAUAUUCUUAACCGUCGGCCAAUCUGUUAAAUAUCCGCAAUAUCACGAUCCGCGCUGUUUUAGUAUUGAAACUGCAGUUCAUCACGCAGUCAUGUCAGAAUUAUUGGGAAUCAAUGUUCAUACCGAAGAUAUUUUGAGAGAUCCUUCCCAAGUAAAGUUGGCCACCACCGCCGGUUUGAUUAUAUUUUGUUGGGGAGAUGAAAACGCUGAUAAAGCCACGAUAAAGUAUUUAAAAGAAUUAGGUUUGCAUGGUAUUAUUUAUGAUAAAAUCGAUCAGUACUCAAGUAAGGAAGUUAAGGAGAGCAUAUUUUUGGUAGAAGCCAGGGAAUCUCAGAAAGAGCUCAUCAGAUUAGCAGCUGUAGCUGCCGAACAACCGUCAUCGCCACCGCCCAUAUUGAAAGAAUGUAUUUUAGAUGUUGAAAAGGCGAGAGUAGGCCUUGAGAACGAAUCAACAGCCACAUCAUUACAAAGUCUUGAGAGUAUUAUGCCCGAACAAAAUCAUGUAAUAGCCCAAGAGCAUACAACAGCUUUCAAAGUAACAUGGAAACCCACUGAAGAGCAUUGCUGGCUGAUUUCUUGAGGACCUUGACUUGCACAAUCAUUUGAUACGGAUUUUUAAUGUAAUCCAUUAUAGUAAACAGAUCAUGAUACAAAAUGAUGAUAUGCAUGAGAAGUUAAAAUGAAAACUCGUCAUAGUAGCAGUAGAAAGGAGUUUCUUGAGCUUAUUGCAAAUAAUGUAAUAUACCUAUUCUUGGUAUUAUUUUUGUAGAAUGUAAUUACGAGCAAAUAAAUUAUUUAUUAUAGUAACGA